CGCAUAUUUAAGCAGAACCAAAGACAUAGGGUUUCUCUUUCACCCUCUCCCUCUCCUUCAGCCGAGAGCGGCGCGCACCCUCACCCUGUACCUUAGCCCAGCGAGCAUCUCUCUCUCCCUCUCCCUCUCCAGCAGACCCUCUCCCUCUCAUCCUCCUAUCUCUGAGCGACGCGCACUCCUAGCGUCCGGCAGUGGUGCUCCCAGGCCUCGCUCCCUCUCCCUCCCCUCCGGUGUGGGCAAUGGCAGGAUCUGGUCUGGAUGAUGGCGAUGGUGGCAGCGGGAUCCCAGUCGCGACGCCCACUGGAUCCUGGUGUGGGCGACGGUGGUGGCUGUGGUGGGAUCCUGGCGUGGGCGACGUCGGCGGCAACAACGGCGAUGGGGAUGAGAUCUAUGUGAAUCCGCACCCUUCCUUCCUCGUGUUGUCUCUCCGUGUCAAGAUUUGGUGACCUUGGAUUUAAUCUCGGCUCGAGCUGAUGUGCAAGUGCCUGCUGCCUGGGAUUUGGUUGGGGUACUGAGGCACAAGAUGUGCUGCAGGGGGCAAGGGCAAGCCAGAUCUAUGACGGCCGGGGACAAGGUUUGGGUAUUUGCAAUUAUUUGCAAUUCUUGUGUGGUAGGUAAUGCUAGCUCUGGUUAAAGAAGCCACAAUGUGCACUUCAACAUGCACAAAACUUCAAAUGCCUGCACUAAUAUAUUUUAUUGUGACUUACUGCCUAGUGCCUAGUGCGAACGUGUGAAUAUGUAAUCUAUUUAAAAAGUGGAGUAGCGAAGAAUGAUUAUGUAUAAAUUUCUUUGAACGACAUAGAUGAGGAAUAUAGAGGAACAAUGACAAUUAUAUAUAAUUGUGAAGCAAAAGCUUAUAUAAUAAUUGUUUGCUGCAGUUACAGGGUCAGCUUAAAAAUCCAAUUAGAUGCUUUCAUGUACAAGUAGGUGACUGAGCUUUCUUGUAAUCAGUUUUCUUAUGGCUUUGAAUUGAUGUGAUACUGUACCAAGAAUACUCUAGAAUAAACACAUGCAUCUCAGGUUGAUCUGAGCCUGCUAUAGAAUACAUACAUUACAUCUGAGGAGAUGUACUCUGUGAUUUGUAGUCGUUGUGAUGAUGGGGGUGCUGGUGUUAUGAUCUGCAAACUUUCAUUUUAGUACCUGAUAUCUCUCUCUAGCUCUGCGCUUCGAUAUAGUAUGGUGCUCAAUAUGGUAUCACUGUCUCGUUGUUUGGGUUGCAGAAGAUUUUUGAGCUGCAGCAAUUUACUAUCUUCUUACAUGUUUGCAGAGAGACUAAGCUGAGAUGGCUAUUGGUAACAAUGAGUAGCAAGCACAACUAAGAAAUGAUAAGCUUAUUGUAGUACUUGUCUGCAAUGUUCCAAAAUUUUCUUGUUUCAGAAACUACCUCAUUAUUUUCUAAGUUUCUGAGCUGGAACAAAAAAAAUGAAAUUAAGCUACAUUGAUUUCUUUGACAUUUUAACAUACCAAGGAUGAGAACAUAUCCAGGCAUCAGACACUGCAACCCUGUGUUACUCCAAUUGUCAAUUCUAUAGGCUACCUGAGUUGAAAUUUUUGCUAGAUUAGUUACCUAAAAUAUAUUGAUUGUGCUCCAUACUAACAAACAGGGGUCUCUUCUGAACAUUGCAGGAUAAUAGUUCAAAUAUGGUGUAGCUACAACACAUGCCGCUGAUUGGGAUUAUUUCUCUCGUGCUCUUCAAAUGCAAGCCCAAUGAAUUGUUAGCUGAGACCAACACUUGUGAUCUCUAAAUUGCGGCAAGAGGAUCAAGGUGCUCAUGGUGUCUACUUUCAUUAGUUAUGAAAGAUUUAGUUGUCUGAGCAAAUCAUAUGAGUUGUGUGUUGUACAAGCCAAUAUCUUAGUUUUGUAGGUAUUUGAGUGUAGCUUGGUUGUUGCUUUGGUAUUUCCUUUGGAAAUUUGUAUAAAAUAAAUGUUGAUGGUUUCAAUGAAAGUGAUGGCCAAUGUUCUGUGAAUUGUGAGCUUUGUUCUAGUUUAUGUUUCAUGAGUGUCCUAAUGUGUGACAAGGUUAAUGUUGAUUGUAUCGUUAAUGUUGUGAUGAUUUGGCACUAAUUUGUGAUGUUCUUUUCCGUCACUAUUAUUUGGAUCCGGGCUUGGAUAUGGGCUGGUUAUAGGAGAUGGACAACUAAUUCAUGACGGAUACAAAUGUCAAUCUGUGACACUCAAUUCGGUUCAACAAAUAUAUGACGCGGGAUACAUGACGUUUUUCGCGAUCGUCAUCAAGAGUUAACCGUGACGCAUUUUCGCUUGUCUAUGACCAAAAUAAAUCGUCAUGUAUAAGGGUAUUUUUUGUAGUGGUCCACGAUGCAGAUAUACCGGACUUCCUACGCCUUCAGGAACAGGGCGUUCCCCGUGGAGGACGGCAAGGCGCUGCAGUUCAUCUACGGCAGCCGGCAGUUCACCACCACGGGCGGGCUGACAGCCACGACGGCCACCACCAACGUGUACCGGAGCGAGGAGUUCAUGCCCACCAUGGUCGCCAUCCAGUCGCAGGUGUGCAGCCCGGAGGCGGUCAUCUUCGGCGCCGACUUCGCGCACUCGCUCUACUGCCACCUGCUGUACGCCGACGAGGUCCGCAUCGUGUCCCGUGUCCGCCACCUUCGCGCACAGCCUCGUCCUCGCGUUGCAGACCUUGGAGCGCGUCUGGGAGGACCUGUGCGCCGACAUCCGCGCGGGCACCCUCUCCGGCCGCCACGCGCGUCACGGCCCCCGCCGUCCGCCGGGCCGAUCCCGGCGCUAGCCGACGAGGUGGCGCGCAGGUGCGCCGGGCUCAGCAACUGGUACGGCGUCAUCCCGGCGCUGUUCCCCAACGCCAGGUACGUGCACGGCAUCAUGACGGGGUCCAUGGAGCACUACGUCAAGAAGCUCCGCCACUACGCGCCGGCGGGCUGCCGCUCGUCGCCACCGAGUACGGGGUGUCCGAGGGAUGGGUCGGCGCCAACGUCGAGCCCGAGACGCCGCCGGAGUCCGUCACCUUCACCGUCCUCCCCAACAUCGCCUACUUCGAGUUCAUCCCGCUCAAGGCCUGCCACGGUGGCGGUGCUGACGACGACACAUCGACGUCUCUCUGCCGUCGUCACCAAAGUCCCCGUCGAGUCUCCGCACCGAGCGCCGUCUCUCCGCCGUCUCACCGCCUUCAAACUACAGAUCAUGCCACUUUUGUUAGCAAAUGAUGUAAACCCUAAGCCGUAA